GUGAACGCUUCCAGCCUGACCUCCUCCACCGGGUUGGAGCGGCCCCCCUCCUCCAUAUCAGCAACCAUGGCAUCAUCAAUAUUCUCACCCCCAUACUCAUCAAGCUCAUGUUCCUCCACAGCCCCGACCUCAUUCUAGUCCUCAGCCGCCUCCUUUCCACACACCAUCGCCGCAACCGCCACCCUCCUAUCCUCCUAGGCCCCCGCCAAUGAACGGCCAGCCGCCGAGGCAAUCGACAUUUCCCCCUUCCCCUGCUAGUGGUCCAUACAACCCUCACACUCCGCCUCCUCGAGCUUACACUGAUCUACACGCACCGCCCCCGACGCCGCCAAGGCCUAGCCCUGUGCCUUACAAUCAUCCGCAUAGACCGUCCUUCGGCGCUCCUCCAGCACCGCCACAGGUUCCACAGGCCUUUGGGCAUGGAGCGCCUGACAGCUAUCGAUUCCAGUAUUCCAACUGCUCUGGCAGACGGAAAGCGUUACUAGUGGGCAUCAACUAUUUUGGCCAGGCGAAUCAGCUGAGAGGAUGCAUCAACGAUGUCACCCAAAUGUCGACAUUUUUGAACCAAGUGUACGGGUAUCGACGGGAAGAUAUGGUGAUCUUGACAGAUGACCAGCAGAAUCCAAUGAGCCAGCCAACCAAGGCGAACAUCAUUCGAGCAAUGCAUUGGUUGGUCAAGGAUGCAAUGCCCAAUGACUCGCUGUUUAUUCAUUUUUCUGGACAUGGUGGUCGAACACCGGAUCUAGAUGGAGAUGAGGAUGACGGUUGGUACCGUAUUAAGCUUUAUAUAACAAGAAAUCAAACUAAAAUAUGGAUAGGGUUCGACGAUGUCAUUUACCCCGUCGAUUACAAAGUCGCUGGCCACAUUGUGGAUGAUGAUAUGCAUGACAUAAUGGUCAAACCCCUACGGCCAGGAGUUCGUCUCACUGCAAUCUUUGAUUCAUGCCAUUCUGGGACUGCGUUAGACCUUCCUUUUAUCUACUCCACUCAGGGUGUACUGAAAGAGCCCAACCUCGCCAAAGAAGCCGCUCAAGAUCUCUUUAGUGCAUUCAGCUCAUAUGAGAAAGGCGACCUUGGCAGCGUUGCUACAACAGCAAUUAGUUUCUUCAAGAAGGCAACAAUAGGGGGAUCAGCUCGUGAGAGAAGUCUAAUGACUAAGACUUCGCCUGCAGACGUUGUUAUGUUUUCGGGAUCAAAAGACACACAAACAUCUGCAGAUACCUUCCAAGGUGGCCAGGCACGAGGAGCCUUGAGCUGGGCUUUCAUCGAGUCCCUGAAACGAUAUCCGAAACAGAGCUAUCUACAACUCCUCAACACUAUCCGAGCCAAGCUCGAGAAGAGUUAUUCGCAAAAACCGCAGCUGAGCUGUAGCCAUCCAUUAGAUGUGAAUUUGCUAUUCGUCUUAUGAAACCGGAAGCCUGGAUGCUUAUUUAGCCUUGUUAUUUUUUUGCAUAGCAUUAUAUACCACUAUGCGGUGCUUAUGUUGCAUAGAUGGAUGUUUCACACAGCAAUUUGUAUUAUUUGAACCAUUAGCAGUGGAUCUGUGAUUAGAUCUUCGUA